GGCCGGAGCUCAACCCCUUUCCCCCUCGGGGCCGGGGCCCCUGGAGACUCUCCUUUCUUCGAGUAGACCUAGCAGAGAGACGCCUUUAGUUGCCGGGAGCCCUGCAGAAAGUGUCGGGCCAAUCGGAGCCAGAUUCAGGGGGUGGAUGAUGGCCCAUUGACACGUUUUCCUUGAUAGCUUCGCCGUCUUCUUUGCCUGGGGCUUGCGCUGCCUCGCUGGCACCCCGCUAGAACACGCCGCAAGGGUCCUCCUCCUCCCCCGGUCUAGUCCCCAGCCAGAGCCACACCCACCGCUUGACUCUCCCUGGCCUGUCUCGGCAGGCAGACGCAACUCUCUUGGCUGCUGGGCUGGGACUGGGAGAGGUUCUUCGGCUGCCUGGGAGGAUGCUGAGCUGCUGCUUCCAUUCGGAGGCCCCGGGGAGGGAGAGUACAGCAGCAUGCAUGAGAGGGCACCGGUGGGGGGAGUGGAGAGGAAACAGCUGCUCCUCCUCUUCAGAGCGGCAUGCCGUCCUCAAAAGGUGUGCUUAUGUCCAUUCCUGCCAGUUCAUCCAUUGAAAGUAUCUACUUGUUUGUAUGUCAUCCAGCAUCCAGCAGAGGAAAGCAGAGUGCUACGGACAGUACCUCUACUGGCUGCUUGUCUACCUGAAGACAAAUGUAAAGUGUUGAUUGGCCGGCGCUUCAGCGAAGAUAGGUACCCUGAAUUAGCAACUGUGUGUAAAAAUGCGAAUACGUUGAUAUUAUAUCCUGGAGCUGGAGCAGCAAAUUUGGAAGAAGUAGAUUUGACCUCUCCUGAUCCCUAUGUAAUCAUCAUCAUUGAUGGAACAUGGAGUCAGGCCAAAGAUAUAUUCUUUAAGAACUCCCUUUUUCGAAUACCUAAGCAGAUACAACUGAGAACUGAUCUUUCAAGUCAGUAUGUGAUCCGUACACAGCCCACAAACGCAUGUCUGUCUUCACUUGAAUGUGCAGCUAUUGCCCUUGCCAUUGUGGAAAAAAAUGAUGGUUUUAAAGAGACUAUACUCCGUCCUCUUCAAGCCCUAUGCUCUUUCCAGCUUCAGCAUGGUGCCCAAGUCCAUCACAGCAAGGAACAUCUUCUUAAAAAUGGUUUAUAUGACAAACCGAUGCCAAAAAAUAAACGCAAGCUCAGGAGAAUGGAACUCUUAGUGAAUAAUGUUAAAAUUUAGCAGUGAUAUAGGCAUCGUACUAAAGAUUUUUAUUCCUUUUAGCUAAUGAAGUAGUGUUUAAUACGGAUUUACUCCAAGCAACCAUCUUUUUGAUAAUGGACCAAGUUCAGGUGGCUACUUGCCCAGGAGUUCAAGCAUAAUACAAAAGCAGAUGCCUGGUCCUUUACAUUAGUCCAUGGAAUAAACAAGAGCCCCUUUCCCUCUCAGUUUAUCAAGCUGUUGUCUCUGAUAUAUUUGGGUUUUUUUAUGGGAGACUUUUGAUGGGAGACUUUUGGCAUUACUGAAAAAAGAAUGUAGAUUUCCUAAGGUGCACUCGUAAUGAUUCAGUAGCUUGUUCAAGCAUUUUAAUUCUGACUUGCAAUGCUUGUGUGUUUGAAACUUGUGCUUUUUUAAUUUCUUAAGUUGACUAAAGAUAUUGGGGAUGUACAAGUUUACGUGCUGACUCUCAGCCACAUUCAGGAGAAGAAAUAGGAAGAGAUCAGUGAGAGCAUACUUUUAAGUGUGUGCAUGAAUCCUAAACACAGCACUGUGUAUUAGUGAAAGAAAUUAGUAUUUGAUCAGACUUGAGCCAGGGAGCUGCAGCUAUUUUCAGUAUUUGAGAAUAUAUUUCCUUUCAUACUGUGUCUGUUCUACCACCAGUCCAGCAUAGGUGUAUUCACUUCUGACUCUUACUCAUGCCAAUUUCAGUGGAAUUUAUAAGUGAAUAUGAUGAAUGUUAGAAAGUAAACUUCCUGUUUUCAGUAGAAGUAUAUUGAUGAUCCAACUGUGCUACAGGAUGUUUUAAUGGUUAAUGAAACUGAUUAAGACUAACAUUUUUUGAGGUUUUGGAGGCAUGUUUUUCUCCCUUCAUUCACAUCAUGGAAACACGACAGAAUGAUUAAUGUAACUACGUGUGGGUGGGAUUUGUGACUUUGCUUAUGGGACUGACUAUGAACAGGGCAUAUGAACAGGACUUUGAUUCUUCUAUGUCUGACACUGCAUGUUUUAUGCAGUUGUGACUUGCUGCUUCAUGGCCAUGAUCUGGUUUCUGCUAGCAGUUGUUAGUGAGAUUUCAUAUUUGCCAAGAAUAUAUUACUUAUUAAUCAUCUUAAAGUCUUAUGUAUACAGUAGACUUAUUCUUUGGUCCAUAUUUCUAAACAUUAUUAAUGGAAAUUGGAUCUGUGGUAAAAGUUGAAAAAGAAUGUCAGAACACACAAGUAUAAGACAAGGAUAUACUUUGUCUAGAUAAAUAAAUGAAAUCAAUGUUUUAGGACUAAAAUUCCAGUUUUAGGACUGUAUAAAUUGAAAUAAAAACAUGAGACAUUCCUACUAUAGAUCAUGUCUGAAGCAAUUGUUCCUGUGAAAGCAAUUAGACUUUGAAGCAAACCUCUUAGUCACAUUAAUGGAAAAUUUCCUAACUUCCUUUACAGUAUUUUGCUGUAUUUCAGACUUGAUAAUACAACAUACAGUCCUAGUAUAAUCCAGUAUAUUGUUGGGAUGUAAUAUUGUGCAGGUUUUCUGUACUACAAGGAAGGCUAAACAUUUUCUUUAAUUAAAUUAUUCUUCAAGUUCUGAAGAAGAGAUUAAAACCUAAAUCUAAUUUCUGAAAUUCACAAACAACUGAAAAAAGCCUUGGCAUAAAUAAUAAAAAAAUUAUUUCAUUUAUAAUCCUACAACAUACAUCUUACUAAAAUUGAUUAAUGUUUAAUGUGUACAAAAGAGGACUAUUUAGGCACCUUUGCAAGCAUUCAUAAAGCAAAUAGGAUCAUUACAUUUUGGAUUACUUAGAAAAAGAGCAUUUGGAAUCUCAAUAUUUUAAUUUUGUUAAACAUUUAGCAGCUCAGUAGUGAUACUGAUAUCUGUUUGACACACAGCAUAGAUUUAUUUUUCCUCUUCAUUAUCAUUGUACCAAGGACUAUAAUUUUAUUUAUUGAUUGCUUUAUCUUAAUGUAUUUUAGAAAUAUUGUUUGUUACUGAUAUUUCCAAAAAAUUGUGAAAACUGUAUUCUUUCUAAAUUUUUAUAGGUGUGAAAUAAUCCACAUUUUUUGUGCAAAACUUCUGUCAAAGAAAAAGGAGUAUGAAAAAAACAUUUCUUUCACAAUAGUUCCAUGAAUUACCACAGAUUGCCAACAGAUGGUGCUAAGAAUAUGAACGUGGCCUCCUCCUUAGUGUGUAUUCUCCAUUUUUCCCCCCUGUCUUUAGCACUGAUGUUGGAAUAUACCAGUGUCUGGAAGUACCUGUGGUCCACUGGCUUUUUGUAAAUGACUAAGUGCUUGUGAUGUUUGACCAAGUAGAGGUAUGGACUGGGUGGGGAUAUUGGAGGUAGGUAGAGGCUUUCUGUGCUCUGUAGUAUGCCUACAUGACCCUGUACAAACUUACCAAGAAGUGAGAUGGUAGAAGGAAGAGGGCUGUCUUAUCCCUGUGGGGUUUUCUUUGUAUGUGGUACAGAUCAUGUCCAUUUGUAUGUAGGGACUGCAUAAAAUGAUGUAUUUGUCCAUGGAUUGGGCUAUAAAUUUGCAGUACAUUUUGUUCUAACAAAUUUUAUUUUAUUAAAUUUGUUGACAACUUCUUAUUUGAUAAGACAAAUACUUAUUUUGACACUAAUCUUUCUGCUGUCCUAUAUUGCUAUAGAGUUUAAAAAGGGAUUUUCCAGUAUUUUGUUGUUAAAUUUUAUUAAAAUAAACUUUCUCCCC